AUGUCAUGCUCAAUUUGUGUGAAGUACAAAAAGAACAAUGCAUUUACCAAGGGAACGAAUAACUUUCGAUCAUCUACGCUUGAACGGCACGUGGCUCACCACAGGCAGACAACCCUGUGGGUUUGAGGCCGCAUGACGUCAGUUAUUUGAUACGCUAGUUGAAGUCUUACAUUGUUUGCAAUUUGCAACGGUCGAUCUCGGCAAGACGAAAGUGAUCCCAAGAAAUGUUUCAUAAAUACCGCAAAUCGUGACUUCAUCCCCAAAAUCCGCUUAAUGACAGUCAGAUAAAUAAAGUUCAAUUAAAUUCGUUUUUCUGUGUUGUCUCGAGUGAUUUUGCGGGGUUUUGAGGCAAAUUCCUCACUUUGCACCGAUGCCCUUCCAAAGGCAAAGGAAAAACACUAUGCGUGCAACUUCCAGGACCGUCUGGGUCGAAAACCUCCAGAACUUCACCGAAUUUCUUCCGCUUCCAAAUGUCACUCACCUCUCAGCUUCGGGCACGUUAAAAUUCGACAAACAUGUAAGAGAUAAGCCAAAAAUCAGUGCAAUUGCCCGCCUCUAACCACCUCAAAAGCCUAUUCGAUUUCUGAUCUUCGCUCAUCGCUCCGCCGUCGACACAUGAUGUGGACCGAAGUGGUGAAUCAUACGCCUUCGAUUAACCGCAUUACAUUUCAAUUUAAUCACUAACCGAGCUCAGAUUUCACUCGGCCCUCCUCACGCCAGCGCAUGGUGUGUCAGUCGAAAGGCGAUACAAACCAGCCCUCCCCAUAACUAUUUACUACUUCCGUUCCGCAACCGGAAAAAAUAUUGGCCAAUCAGAACGAAGCCACUACUGACAGCUCCGUUCUGAUUGAACUAAUGUUUUUUGCACGCUUUGCUUUUCCUUUGCCUUUGGAGGGGCAUCAGUGCAAAGUGGGGAAUUAAUCGUCACAAAACCCUGCAAAGUCACUCUAGACAACGCAGAAAAACGAAGGUAAGUGAACUUUAUUCAUCUGACUGAUUUUGGGGACGAAAUAUUACCUUUUGCGGUAUUUAUGAAACAUUUCACGUGAUCACUUGCGUCUUGCCGAGAUCGACCAUUGCAAAUUACAAACAAUGUAAGAGUUCAACUAGCGUAUCAAAUAACUGACGUCACGCGGCCUCAAACCCACAGGGUUGUCUGCCUCUGGGCUCACCACAUUCAUGCUGACGCCUUGAGAGCCGAUGGGAGGUGAAUUCCAGCGUGCAGUGAGAGAAGUUCUCGAUGAAAAAGAAGAGGCAGUGCUGGUUGAAUUGAAACCAGUAAACUGGGCAGCAGAGGAAUAG